GCAAGAACCGCGUUCUUGUUGACCCGGAAGUAGUUGUAUCCACGCGUUAAUCGUUGCGGAAACGAAGUGAGCCUGUGAAGACGAGCGGGACACGACCUGAGAAACCAGUGUCGAUAAAUCAGCAGCCAUGAGUCUGUUAACAAAGCCCAAGUCAGAGAUGACCCCUGAGGAGCUCCAGAAACGAGAGGAGGAAGAGUUCAACACUGGCCCGCUGUCUGUGCUCACCCAGUCGGUGAAAAACAACACACAGGUCCUUAUCAACUGUCGCAACAACAAGAAGCUGCUAGGAAGAGUCAAGGCUUUUGACAGACACUGCAACAUGGUCUUGGAGAAUGUGAAGGAGAUGUGGACAGAGGUUCCCAAGAGUGGGAAGGGAAAGAAGAAGUCCAAGCCUGUGAAUAAGGACCGUUACAUUUCUAAAAUGUUCCUCAGGGGCGACUCGGUCAUCGUCGUGCUGAGAAACCCUCUGAUCACAGGAAAAUGAACUGUUUAUAGACGUCUAGCUGAACCACUCUCUGAGAACCUAUUUUUUUUUUACUUUGGAAGAUUUGAAGGCAGUGGACAGUCAUUAAUGUCAACCUUUUUUUCCCGUUGUUGGAUCACUGCAUUCACUGUUGAGACAGAAAUGUAGUGCCAAGAAAGUUAUGUUUCUACUAUUUUCAAGAGUUGAUUAGGCACAAUAAUGCCUGAUUUAGCUUUGUCUACAAACACCUGUCUUUUUUUUCAUUUUUAAUAAUAAAAGUGAUGAACAGAUUUAA